CUCCUCCCCCCUUCUAAAUAGUUACAGUUCCGGCGACUUAGUUACCGUUUUCUGUACCAAAUUAAAAAAAAAAAGGUAAAAGAGAAAACAAAAUUAGGGCUCGGAGAAGAGAAGAGAAGCAUUGUCUGAUCGGAGAAGCCAUGGGCCGGAGGAAAGUGGAGAUAAAGCGAAUCGAGAACAAGAGUAGCCGUCAAGUCACUUUCUCCAAGCGUCGAGGCGGUCUGGUCGAGAAAGCUCGUCAGCUCUCCGUCCUCUGCGACGCCGCCGUCGCUGUCCUCGUCGUCUCCUCGUCCGACAAGCUCUACAGCUUCUCCUCCGGUGAAAGUUUGACCGGGAUUCUUGCUCGGUACCGAGAGCAACAAGUCGAAGAAGAUGUGAAAGACUUGGAUCUUCGAUUGGAAUCUGGGAACUAUCUUUCAACCAAGGAGUUGCUAGAAACCCUUGAAAGCCGGCUGAAAGAACCAAAUCUAGGGAAUGUAAGCAUAGAUUCCGUCAAUCAGAUGGAGUGGCAGCUUGAGGGGGCUCUAUCAGCAGCUAGAGCUAAGAAGACACAACUGCUGAUGGAGUCUUUGAAGGCCCUCAAAGAAAAGGAGAACUCGCUGAGAGAAGAGAGCCAGCUUUUGGCAAGCCAGUUUGGUGGAGAGACUCUUGUGGGGGCAGAAGCGGAGAAGGAGAAGGCAACUCCGCCGGAAAACAAUCUUUCCGGCGAAGAUCGUCGCCGGCGACCGGAGACUCUCCUUCUUCUCACUUGAAGGAGCUCCAUAUCUGAUCUGAAAAAAUAAUCUCACACAAAUACUUCGUUAUUGUCCUUUUCUUUUACUCUCUACGUGGGGUAUACCCUCUUCCUCCUGGAUUUCCGAAAGGGCAUAAGCUGGUUUUUUAUCAUACAUGAACCGCUUUUUCAUCCUUUUCAUUAAUAAUUUGUCAAAUUUCGACAUGGAUAGAUGUCGUUGUACCUCGUAUUUUCUCUGUGUUCUUUUGUCUUUUUGUAUUCCUUCUCUGCAUAUAUAGGGUUUGACAUGGUUUUUUUUU